UGCCCAUCAUCGUUAAAUACUCUUGACCCAUUCGAGCAACAAACGUGUCAACAACCAGAGGAUCGUAAUCGAGCGGUGUUGCGUCUUUUUACUAGUCGCAGUGCCUUUGCUUGAUACCAGGCUGUUUACUAUUAUAUAAGAUACGUAUAUCAAUAAGCGUUUUUAAAAGUAUAAUUGAUGGUUUGUUAUUUCUUUUCAUAGGUUAUACAUAAUUUAUAUUUAUGCUUUACUAUUAUCGUCCUAUGUAAAAUUCAUGUAUGCUUAAUUUUAUGCUUACUACUUUUACGGUUUAUAGAUUUAUUUUUUAUAUAAAAUGAGAGUCAGAGUUUACUUUUAAGUGAACACUUGGCACAUUUUGAGCGCACUUAAAUUGUACGACAUUGUAUCUAGCCACAAUUCCUUCUGUAUACUUUUGAUUAUCUCGACUAAAUGACUUAAUUUCGUAUGCAGCUGACAAAUGUCAAUUUUCGCACCUUUAACUUUGAAGUAUCGUGCAAUUUAAUAUUCUAACUUUUAUGCCACGUGUAAAGCGAGCUUCGAUGCAUUUACUUUGAAAUUCAAUAGUCAACUUUGUCCCGAAACAUCCGAUUGCACCGACGUGCUCUUUUGACGUACAACAGUUAUCCGGUACAAUUUCUUACAUGCAUUGUACAAAGUUAGCUGAAUGCGCAUAUUGACUGAAAAUUAUAAAAAAUGUAAAUAAUAUUUUUCUAUUGCAAGUUAAUAAAACGUUAUUUUCGAACAUUUUAGCUUCAGUCUGAAUUAUUAACUAAACUCUCCAUCGAUUCGUUCGACACCUGUCAUUAUCUAAUUGAAACUCGUCUAAUUCACAGAUAUUUUUAUAGUUAUUCAAUUUCCUACCUCCGAGUGAAAGUUAACAGAUACAGUCAUCUCAAUCGUCGUACUAAUUACAAACCUGUCACCUCCAAAACAACCAACAGUUGCAAUGGCAACUUCUCAAAUCAUCACAUGUUCUCCAACUUAAUAACAACUAAACUGAAAAAUUAUGUAAAUAUGUUCCACAGCGGUCCUAAAUACCGACACUAAACAAACGGUCACGUGUUACGCGGUGUGAUUCCAUCAAGCUCUUGCCUCGCGCGCCAGACACCUGUUGCGCUACUUGGCGCGUUUAAUGAGAGCGGCUAUCGCUGGCUUUUUCUCGCUUUAUUUUUCGAGCGCUUUUUUUUCGCCGUCGUUGUCGACGGCCGUGUCUCGACUGAUCUAUGCGCUUUUUCUCUUAAUCACUUCCGGUGCUGCGCUUUUGCGCGCCGAGUGGAAUAUUCAUGAAAGGUAGAGGCAUCAUAUCGGUAGAAUCGUCGGCGACGGUAUGUGUUAUUGUUGACUUUUAGCAAUUUUCGAGAAUUUUAAAUGCUCCUAUUGAUUAUUUAUUUCAAGUGUACGCCUGACUACGUUCAUCUUAAUCUACUAGCAUAAGCCAUUGUCCUUUUAGUAACGACAAUACUUUUUCAAGGAUAAUCAAAUCGUGCGAGUUAUUUCAAUCGGAUAUUCCACAGAUAUAUUUUUAGUAACAACACUAGUAUGCUCGAUGAAAAUUGAUAAAACAAUCAAUUAUAAUUAUCUACUCACAAACGUCUCGACUAUGUAUCUACUCCAUCAAUCGGAAAUUCUUGCGAUACACGAAAAGUCUUCGACCAAUAAACCGAACUUUUCAAAAAUCUCAACAGACAAAAAUUCAUCAACUCCAAGAAAGCCAACCCACAUCAUCUCUCCCAGAACAUUACACACUCAAACAACUAACCAACACCAGCACACAGACACACACGCUCAGUCCGUCCGGCCGUCCGUAUCUCCGUCUUUGUCAGAGUAGCCACAGAGCCGCAGCGUCGCAGAGUGUACACCAGAGAAGGGGUCUCCGCGCGAGUAGAAGUGACGCUCAGCUAUACUCGUUGUCAGUCGCGCUCGCGUAUCUCGCCACGGAACAACGCCUCGCGCAACACACACACACACCCACACAUUCUCGAUAAAGCGAAUGUCGCCGGCGAGGCAUUCCGUUCGCGUCGCGGCUUCCUCCUAGCCCCAAAAGCUUGGAGUUUUUGAGAAUCAACCGAUAACGCACAUAUCCAGUCUGUCUACACGUCCAGAAAAGCUUCAAGAGAUUAACAAAGGAGAGAGAGAGAGAGAGAAAGAGUCGAGCAGCAUCAUGACGUCGGUGCACCAGAUCCUAGGCACGCUCGUGGCGCUGCUGAUGCUCAUCGUCUUCCUGCUGUCCGAAAGGCGACGCAGAUUCCUCGAGAUACUCUACAGGACACUGCCAAGGGACAUUUUAGGUGCCUUCAGAUUUUUAAAAGUCAAUGCCCUUCUCUGGUGGUGGGAGACUCGAGGCUUCACAGUAGCCGGUAUCUUCACGAGACUCGCCGCUGCUCAUCCGGAGAAGAUCGCUUACAUCUUCGAAGAUAAGGAAUGGACUUAUCAGCAGCUGGAAGACUUCAGCAACCGGGUGGGUCGAUACUUCCGAGCGAAGCCGAUGUCCCGAGGUGACAGCAUCGCCCUGGUGAUGGAGAGCCGAGUCGAGUACGUCGGCACUUGGCUGGGUCUCAGCAAAGCCGGCUACGUAACUGCCCUCGUGAACACGAACCUACGCGGGGACGUCCUUGUCCACAGCAUCAACGUCGCCGGCUGCAAGGCCGUCAUCUUCAGCGGCGAGUUCAAAGAAGCCAUCAGCGAGAUAAAGGAGAAGAUCCCGGAUCUGGCGCUGUACCAAUGGUCGGAGCACUCGGACACGAUUCUGCUGGAAGGCGCUUCUGACCUGAGCACUGGUCUGGCCGAGGCCGAUUCGGAACCUCUCUUCGUCGACCUCUCCCUCGGCUGUCCCCGUGAUAAGCUCAUCUAUAUCUACACGUCCGGCACGACGGGCUUGCCCAAGGCUGCUGUUAUCAACAAUUUAAGAUACAUGCUGAUGUCGUGCGGUGUUUACUCGAUGCUGGGCCUCAAGUCGACCGAUCGUAUUUACGACUCGCUGCCGCUCUAUCACACGGCCGGUGGCAUCGUUGGUGCUGGACAGGCUCUUCUCAGAGGCAUUACCGUGGUGCUUCGUCGACGAUUCAGCGCCUCCAAGUUCUGGCCCGAUUGCGUCCACUACGAGUGCACGGUUGCGCAAUAUAUCGGGGAAAUAUGCCGCUAUCUGCUCGCCGUACCGGCGAGCUCGGCCGACACUUCGCACAAAGUGCGGCUCAUGUACGGAAAUGGACUACGGCCACAGAUCUGGAAGCCGUUUGUGGAGAGAUUCCGCGUCAAGCAAAUUGGAGAGUUCUAUGGUGCUACGGAGGGCAACUCGAAUCUCGUUAACAUCGACAACAGAAUCGGUGCGGUGGGCUUCGUUCCGCGUUACGCCGGUUCCCUGUACCCGGUCGCCCUGUUGAAGGUCGACGAGUCGACCGGUGAGCCCAUAAGAGGUCCCGAUGGGCUAUGUAUCCUCUGCCAGCCUGGAGAACCCGGUGUUUUUGUCGGCAAGAUCAAUCCCAAGAAGGCCGUUAACGACUUCAGCGGCUAUGUCGACAAAAAGGCCUCGGAGAAGAAGAUCAUUCACGACGUCUUCAAAAAGGGAGAUCGCGUUUUCAAUUCUGGAGACCUCUUGGUGAUGGACGAGUACGGAUACUUCUACUUCAAGGAUAGAACCGGAGAUACUUUCAGAUGGCGAGGAGAGAACGUCGCUACUUCAGAAGUUGAAGCGGUUAUCAGCAACGUCAUUGGACUAAAGGAUGCAGUGGUCUACGGCAUUGAGGUUCCCGGAAAUGAAGGAAAGGCCGGAAUGGCAGCAAUCUACGAUCCCGAUCAAAACAUCAAUUUCAACGAGUUGGCCGAAGGUGUGAAGAAAGCUUUGCCAACGUAUGCAAGGCCUUUAUUCGUUCGUGUCCUCGCUAGUCUUCCAAUGACAGGAACCUUCAAAUUGAAAAAGAAGGAGCUGCAGCAAGAGGGAAUCGAUAUUCACAAGGUGAAAGAUCCAAUCUACUUUUUGGAAAAGUCCGGGAAGUACGUCAAGCUCACAGAAGACCUGUACAACGAUAUCAAGCAAGAAAAAGUUCGACUAUAAAAAUAACGUAGUACAUUUGAAAUAGUUGAUGAAUCGCGAUAAAUGAAAUUCAUUGAAAAAUUAUAACGAUUGUUCAAGACAUGAGCAAAAGAUUUCAAAUGUUUCUGUUCUCCAAGGAAAAAAGGGGCGCGGUAUCGCUCUCUAAGUCAUGUCUCGAGACUGCUAAAGACUUCGUGUUGUAAUAAUUUUUAUAAAAAAGAAGGAAUCACAAGUGAUAUCCUAGUUUAAGUAAUUUAUAGCUGUGCUAAAAGCAAUCUUAGAAUGUAAGAUGUCGAAAGAAGCGUGUACUAUAAAUUAGCGAUCAAAUCGGUGUAUAAUUAUAUGAAUAUUCUUCUCGAAAGUGAAGCAAUUGUUUUAGUACGUACAUGGUUGAUAAGUGAUUGUUAAGAAUUCGAUAUUAUCUAAUAAAGUUACAAAAACUUUGUAAAUUAUUACAUUAAAUUUUUAUAUGAUCA